CCAAAAAUUUAUCCAUAAGGAAGUUGAUGCUAAUUAAGACCUUAUGCGGAAAAAUUGACAAUGAGUUUUUGUUAUAGCAUUGCGCAAGUUAUUCAUAGCAUUAUAUUAUAUUUGAUUGAAACAAUGAUAUUAUACCGUCAACAAUGUGCGUCUGCGACGACCCGCGUGCAUCUUACAAGCCUACGGACACAGGAGCGGAAUCUAAUUGACGCGCCGGUGAACAAACAGCUACUGUCAGUUUUAUCAUUAAUAAUGUUAUCAUGAGUCCGCCUACAGAAAUACUGGGGAGCAGCAAGCAGGAUCAGUUCGUGAGGAGACGGCGCCCGUAACGCCGCACACUUGAAUAUUGCGACCUCAUUUAAAACAAACAGACGUUACAAUGACAACUAUGGACGAAGUCGCGCUCAACGAAGAAGGAAACGCUCUUAGAGCGAAAAUUAUAACGAUGACGACUCUCUUUGCUGUUUCUAUGAUUGUGGGAUGUUUGCCGAUGUUGAUCUCGAUGAAGUUCACAUGGUUCACCCCGAAAGAUGGUUCGAAUAUGCGAACCUCUAAUUCCCUUGUGAUUGGAUUACUGGCUUUCGGUGGUGGUGUUUUGUUUGCAACCACUUUCAUGCAUUUGUUGCCAGAAGUUGAUGAAAACAUACAAUUAUUGCAAGAGGAGGGCCGGUUACCCGAAAUGCCCAUAUACCUAGCAGCCCUGAUUAUGUGCAGCGGGUUCUUCAUGAUGUACCUCGUUGAAGAGCUCGUUCAUGUGUACAUAAACAGUCGAGAAAAUAAAAACGCCAACACCAGUUUUACCAGAGUUCUAAGCAUACGAAGGAGUAAAUCAGAGGAAGAUGGCAAUACUGAAACGCAAACUAUUAAAGAAGUUGAGGCGGCCCGGAAUCAUGGUCAUAGUCAUUUGGCUGUGCAAUCAGAUGAUACUAUUGUAGCUGCUUUACGAGGACUUCUAAUUGUGCUGGCGCUUUCGAUUCAUGAAUUGUUUGAAGGUCUUGCGGUGGGAUUGGAGUCUUCUGCGAGAAGCGUAUGGUACAUGUUUGGAGCGGUAUCAGCACACAAGUACAUAAUCGCGUUCUGUAUCGGUGUGGAGCUAUUGGCCGCGGGAACUAAGCGCUGGCUCUCAGUGCUGUACAUCUUUACUUUCUCUUUUGUAUCAGCACUUGGUAUUGGGGUUGGGAUCUUGCUGGUUGGGGGAGCUGGUGCUGCUGCCGCUGGACUGUAUUCCGUUGUGUUACAGGGUCUCGCGUGUGGUACUCUAGUCUACGUAGUGUUCUUCGAGGUGUGGCGACAAGACCGAACAGGGCUUAUGCAGUUCUUCUGCGCGAUAUUCGGCUUCGCUAUUAUGGUCGCGCUUGAAGCUGUGGCGGAAUCUUUUGUUUGACAGUGUGAACAAGUGUGAAAAAGGUGUAGGAGAUGGACGGUGUAUGGUUUAAGUUAGCAUAAGUUUUGUUACUGUUAUAAUUUAAGAAAUACCAAUAAAUAUUUAUA